AUCGGCGUUUGAGGAAGCCCGAGACUCCAUCAUCGUUGUUGUCUCAGUUACUUUGCCCCAUGGCGGUCUGCAACAAGUUCCUGUUGCGGAACAACAACUCCAUAGCUCAUGUGUACUACUCCUGUUCGCCAUCCUUAGCUGUCGGGGAGCGGUUGCAUGUGUCCGUGGUGGAGUCUAGGUGGAUAAUGCCGUUCGUGUUUAUUUUCGAGUUCAGCUUUGAUGCCUCGCGGGAGUUUUGUGCAUCGUAAAACCCUUGCGAGGUCGCUUGGCAGGAGAUGAGGGUUUGGGGCGUGAUCUGUUUGCCCCCGGUGGAUUUUUUUUUAUUUAUUUUGGUGGUGCUAUGGUUAGGUCUUGCGGUGGUCCUUUGCGAGGCGUGGUGGAGGAAGUACAAGGCUCGAGUCGGUUCGAUUAUCUGGCAGAUUGGUGGUGUUCUGUACAUUGGAGCUAUGAGUCGGUGAGUCAGCGCAUGGGAAGGAGCAGAUCCCGAUUCCCUCUUUAAUGCCAAGUAGAUAGUCCGCUGCAAUGGAGAUUUCGGCAAACAUUAGCCACCGGGUGGCUGAUGCAGUGGAGGACGUUGGCCUGUCGGAGUCUUGCGCAGUUGAGAAUGGGCUAUUGACCGCAACUGCCAGUGCUCUCGCCGGUGACAGGAUCAUGGAUCCCAGCGACCUGCACCUGGAUGAUGAGAGUGCGACAGUGAAUGCGAAAAAGAGGGCGUUUGAUGAAGGAUCGAAGGAGUUGCGGAGCCCGGCGAAGAAGCUUGCCGUGAGAGGAUCUCCUGACGUGGUUGUGGACUCUGCGCCAUUGGACACUACUCUGGUAGAUGCAAUGCUGAUCGACACGGAUUGGGGAGAACCGGAAGGAAGGUGCAAAGUGUCGGACGGCCAGGCAUUGCCCAGUUCACCGAAGACAAUUUCUGGUUCCAUCGCUGCCUGCACUAGCGUUCCCACUCCGGCGGCGGAAAUGGGUGUUAUCGACGAUGACGGUGCGUUGAGGGUUUGCGAAGCUGCUGAAGAGACUCCUGUUUUGCAGAAUGUGGUCCUCAUCUUGACUUCAGCCGACUCCAGCGUGGAUACGACCAAGAGUGGCGGAGACCUGGCGACGUCAAAUUCUGUGGGGUUGGAGGUGAAAGGCACGGGUGCAAUGAACGAAAUCCUUGUUUCUCACUUGCCGAUGCAGGUGGAAAAUGACGUUGUGAAAGAGGAAUUUCCGGCAAUUUUGCAGAAUGGUCAUAUCGACAUGGGGUCAGAGGAACAGUUGAUUUCAAAUGUAGCCGCAGCAGAAGGGACAUAUAUUGUAAUAAACGCAAGGGAGUCCGUGUCUGACACCGCUGCAGAUGGUGGUGUGCUGCAGUCGAGUUCGAGCUGGGCGGGGUCCGAUGAGACCAAGGAUGGUGGUCAUGUUGCAUUGAGCUCAUCGGCUUUGCCGGACGAAGUGUGUGCAUCGGAGGCUCGAACGACAUCUAUGCCAUUAGGCCCACAGACUGCCCAAACGUACCAAGGCGUAGGAGAGUCGGUCGUCGCCGAUAGUGCAGUUCAGCGCGAGACUGCGGAUGAAGAUGCGAACAACGACAGUGGGAUCAGUGAGGUGGAUGCAUCGAAAGCUCUGGAAAUGAAGAUGGUGGAGGUUAUAAUGGAAAGCCUCGCAUUCGAAGUGGCAGGAGGUCGCAAUGACGCGACAUCGAAUCCUUUGUCGGACGAUGGUUUGGAUGAGUGCGAACAGGACGGAAAUGGGGGCACGGACUUAACGAAUGGAAUCUAUGUGGAGGAAAAGUGCACGGAGCUGUUUGAGCCCGUGGUUCAGCUGCCGGAACGUAGUGAAGGAACCAACGGCUUUGUUGGGAGUGCGGUGGGCAGCGAGGAUCCGAGCAGUGAACCAGUGUCGGACAACUUGCCCUUGCAAGAAGGGAGAGACGCGAGAGGAGACAGUUUGCGUAACCGGGAACUCGGUGGCUCUGUUGAGUUGGCUGUAGCUCCCAGCAAGGAUCUGGAAUUUUCCCAGUAUUCAGGUAGCGAGAAAGGGGGUGAGAGCAUGGAUAGGCAAGAUUCGGAUGUUGCGACGCCAUCUGCUGGGACUUCAGCACAGUCGCGGUCACCUGGGUUGAAGCCGCGAUUGAAAUUGAAAGGGCAAGGAGAUGUGGGCAUGAGACAGUCUCCAACCCUGAGUGGCGAGAGGGGCUUCAUGGUGAAGGAGGUUUUGCUGAAAGAGGCUCCGGCGUCGGCGAAACUUCUGCUGCAGUCAGGGUUGCUGGAUGGGCAUCAUGUGCGAUAUCUGGGGCGUGGUGGGCAUAUCAUGCUGACGGGUAUCAUACAAGAAGGGGGAGUACUUUGCGACUGUAGCAGUUGCAAAGGCGUGCAGGUGGUGAACGUGUCUGCAUUCGAGAAACAUGCUGGCAGUUCAGCACGGCACCCCAGCGACUUUAUCUUCCUUGAGAAUGGCAAGUGUUUGAAGGACAUACUGGAGAUUGGAUGGAAUGCAAACAAACAGAAGAUGAACGUAAUGGAUGUGCUGAAGUCUGCCAUUGGUGAAGUUGGAGGUGAGAAGGUGCAGAUCAUUAGCCUAGAUCACCCCUUGAUAGCGAUCCAACCAGCUGAAAAGAAGCUACCUCAGCCGAGGCUGGUACUGGACACGAAACCUAGGGUGCCGGUGGACUUGAAACCGAGGAUGCCCCAGGUGGAUAUGAAACCAAGGGUGAUGUUGGAUACGAGGUCAAGGAUGCCAUUGGAUACGAAAGCAAAGUCCACUUCUGAUGUGAAGGCGAGGGGAGGCGAUGUGAGAGCUACUAUACCGAGACUCGACCGCACCACGAGGGAAAAGGAAGCGGCUAGUCCCCCAGUUCCGAGCAGAGAAUCGAGUGGAGCAAAUUUACACAAAGCUCUGUUUCUUCCAGGAGGCCUAGAAGAUGAUAUAGAAGUUGGAUACUAUGUCAAGGGACAGAAAUUCUUAGCCGGACUGAAGAGAGGAGCAGGAAUAUUGUGCAGUUGUUGUCAACAAGUGAUUAGUUGCUCAUUGUUCGAGCAGCAUGCCGGGUGGGGGUCUCGAAGAAACCCGUAUACUAGCAUAUAUCUGGCUGAUGGUCGGUCUCUUCACGAUGCUGCCCAGUCUUUGGUAGUGGAACAGACUGUGAAGCAGGAGGGUAAUACUCCUGCGAAGAUUGAGCAUCUGGAUCAGUGUGUCGAGUGCGGGGACCGUGGAGAUCUUCAGUUGUGCACGCGGUGUCCAAAUGCAUACCAUCAGGAUUGUUUGGGAAAAGUGGAUUCCUAUUCGUCCGGUGAGUUCUUCUGUCCCGACUGUCAAGAGCAACGAUAUGGUGGAACCAAAGACAGGCGGCGGUCCAUGGUGAAUCGACGUUCAAAGGGAGCUGCAAAGACUCUACUUUCAAAGGAUCGCGUGACCGGACGGUGCACUCGGCUAUUGCAAGUUCCUGAGGCUGUUGUUCUGGGUGGUUGCGUGUUUUGCAAAUCCGGGGACUUUGCGAAGACAGGUUUUGGACCAAAAACAACCUUGCUUUGUGAUCAGUGCGAGCGGGAGUAUCACGUGGGGUGCUUGAAGAAGCAUGGUCUUGAAGAUCUGAAGGAACUGCCAGAGGGAGAGUGGUUCUGUGGGCAAGACUGCAAACAUAUUCACAGCAUACUAAGCUUACUAGUGUCGAACGGGCCUGAGCCGUUGGCUGAUAGCAUCAUCAGCAAAGUUUUGAAAACCAACCAGGCUCGUCUGGAGGGAUCGGAGGAUGCCACGGAGUCUAGCUGCUCAGGUUUCGAAUGGCAGCUGCUGCAUGGUAGGGGCGGAGACCCAUCGAACGGUAAAGCACUGGCAGAAGUAGUGCAAAUAUUUUCGGAAUGCUUUGAUCCUAUUGCGGAUGGAGUGUCAGGAGGGGAUUUGAUUCCUCUCAUGGUAUACAGGCGAAGCAUACGAGAUCAGGACUUUGGAGGUAUUUAUUGCGUCGUCCUGAAGUUCGACAAUAAGGUGGUGUCGACCGCCCUCAUCCGCGUGUUUGGGAGGCAACUGGCAGAGCUUCCCUUGUUGGCAACCAACCCUUCUCACCAAGGCCAGGGCCACUGCAAGGCACUGCUAUUGUCGAUUGAGAGAUUGUUAGGUGUGCUGCGGGUCGAGCGGUUGGCACUUCCUGCAGCUGAAGGUGCGGAGGGUAUCUGGCUGAACAGAUUUGGUUUUAGGCGCAUGGCGGAAGAGCAGGUGAAGCAGUUUCACUCGGACCUAAACAUGAUGGUUUUCACGGGGUCGUCCAUGCUGGAGAAAGAUAUACCCCCAUUGGAAAUCACAGGUAGUAGGAAGUCGUAGGUGGUGGAUUAGAAAGGUAAGAGGGCAUUUAUUUUUAGGUCAGAUUUGCGCCACAAUGUCUUCGGUGGGAGUGAAUCUUAGCGAGGAAUUUACGAAUUCAGUGCGUGUGUUGUCCGCAAUCGACGUCACGCCUGGCUAUUACGAUGGCACCAUUUACUGUACAGAUCUUGUAAUAGAAUGCUUCCGGCACCAGGUUCGAAAUGAGCUGGCCGGCCUUGGCGGUGAAUACCGACAUCAUUGGCUGAUUACGGAAUGCGAAAGUUGAAUACACUGCUUGUCGCAUGGUAACAGUGCACUCGCCGUUUCAGGGUUCGCCGUCGAGCUGUUCAUUUGGUUGGUUGGGACGGCAUUCGGUGGAUUUCAGGGUGUCGACCCUGUUCCAGCUGAAAUUCGGUUGAAUAGAGCAGUGUUACUGCAAAUGGAACCUUUGGAGUUGACACGGGUGCCACUCAGUCACUAGGAUCUCUUCGACCAAUACAUAGUCUGGUCUCUUUUUUGGUUCUACACCCUUGUUCCCGGGUUUCGACGUGGUAGUCGGGUGUCGCUAUCUUUUACCUCAUUGCCGUAGAGAAAACGUGUACUGAAUAUGCACAACUGAUGAAUGUACUGAAAUACGCUAGCUGCUCUCGGUGUACCAGGUGGAUUUUUAUUUUUCAGCGGCCGUAUGUUUUCGUUACCGGUCUCUUCCAAAUUGUUUUCAAACGUCUCAAGUUUUCCAGCAUAAUGUACUUACUUUAGGCAAGAUUUUAGUCUGAAACAAUCUGGGUUAGCCAUA